CACGUGACCAAGUGGGCGUAUUUAAGAUCCUGGCGCGAGAUCUUCAGUUAGGAAACUAGGCAGUGAACAACGAGGUGUGGCGGCUACGGUCUCGAAAGAAAAUGAGUUUCAGUGGAAAGAUAAAGCGCGGCCAGCAGACGUCCAAUGAGAAUAUAAAGAGUUUUUUUGGGCAGUCUCAAAAGGCAAUAGGACUCCCCAGACAAACCCUGCGGGUCCUCCAAGACUCUGCUGUCAACACAGAUUUGGGAAGGUCAACUCAGACGGGUAAAGUCGUUCCCAAACGGAAACAGUGGGGCGCUGAACAAACCAGAGGCCCAAAGAGGGUGAAGGUAGAAGUCAAAUCAACACAAACAGAAGAAACCCAAUGUUUAGAUGGAAUGUCCACUGAAGCUUAUGAACUUAUGGUCAAAGAAACCCCUCCUGCCUCGUACUGGAAAGAGGUAGCAGAGGAGCGUCGGAAGGCCUUGUACAAUGUUCUACAGGAGAAUGAGAAGUUACACAAAGACAUUGAGGCCAAAGAUGAACAGAUAACAAAGCUUAGGUGUGAAAAUGAAGAACUGCAUGAUCUGGCACAACAUGUACAGUACAUGGCUGACAUGAUCGAGAGACUGACUGGUAAGAGCCCAGACAAUCUGGAGGAGCUGAGAGAGAUGGCACUCGAUGUGGAAGAUGAGGAGGAUGAGCACAAUGAUGGUACAGUGGCAGAUCAGAGUGGGGAAGACUUGGAUUACAGUCAGAGUGAUGCAGAGGAAGAAGAGGCGUCGGACCAUGAACAAGCUGGGCCCUCAGAAGAACAAGACUGACACAGCCUGUGUAUGGCCCAGGACUUUGACCUGCUUGUGCCAGUCAGCAGAUUUUGGAUGCAAAGUGCUUUGACAGCAGCAUGUGACCAGCCAUUUAACUGAAUUGGCCUUCAAAGUUAUCUACUGCAUUUUUGUUUUUAGGCCCUGAACAGACACUAGGGAUGGUUUUUAUUCUUUUAGAAUUCUUGUGGCUUUGAAAGGCACUGAUGUUGGCCCAAUUCCAAUUAGUUGCUCCAGUUUCAGGCAUGUUGGCUUACUGGGAUGCUUGAAUACAGUUGUCAAGUGUCCCAGAGUACUGGCACAAUGACAAGUCUUAAAUGUGUGGUGUGGUGUGGUAUAAGCCUAUUGUGACCAACAAGUGGUUUACACUGUAAAAAUUGUACAAUGUUAUGGCAGUUGUGUACAUAAAGCACAUGUAAAAUAAACACUUUUUUAAAAAAUU